AUGGGAGCCGACUCCAAACCCGUUGUCCCCAACAACCCCCCUCAUCCUUGGCCCUCCCCCAAAGAUUGGCCCGCUUCCAAAGUCCGUCAAACGUUCAUUGAUUACUUUGCUCAACAACCCGGAUUUGAACACACUUUCUGGCCUUCUUCAGGUGUGAUACCUUUCGAAGAUGAUACUCUCCUCUUUGCAAAUGCCGGAAUGAACCAAUUCAAACCCUUGUUCUUGGGAACUGCUGAUCCUAAAAGCGAACUUAGUAAAUUACAUCGUGCCGUGAACAGCCAGAAGUGUAUUCGAGCAGGUGGCAAGCAUAAUGAUCUAGAUGAUGUGGGCAAAGAUACUUAUCACCACACGUUCUUUGAAAUGCUAGGAAAUUGGUCAUUCGGUGAUUAUUUCAAGAUUGGAGCUUUGACGAUGGCUUGGGAUCUUUUGACUAGAGUUUAUGGUCUACCUAAGGAUCGUUUGUAUGUCACAUACUUUGAAGGAGACGAGAAACAAGGUUUAGAACCGGAUAAUGAAGCAAAAGAAAUAUGGAAGCAACUUGGAGUACCGGAAACCCAUAUUCUCACUGGGAAUGCCAAAGACAACUUCUGGGUAGAAAUGGGUGCGACAGGGCCCUGUGGUCCAUGCAGUGAGAUCCAUUUCGAUCGUAUCGGUGGUCGUGAUGCCUCCCACCUUGUCAACGCCGAUGAUCCUAACGUUUUGGAAAUAUGGAACAACGUGUUCAUUCAAUACAACAGAGAAUCCUCCGGAGCGUUACGAAGUCUUCCCGCCAAACAUGUGGACACGGGCAUGGGUUUCGAACGUUUAGUAUCAGUCCUUCACAACGUGUCAUCCAACUACGACACCGACGUUUUCACCCCCAUCUUCGCCAAAAUACAAGAGCUCACUGGUGCUAGACCAUAUACUGGGAAAUUAGGAGAUGAAGAUAAAGAUGGAGUAGAUACAGCCUAUCGAGUCAUUGCGGAUCAUAUAAGAACACUCACCAUCGCCAUUUCAGACGGUGGAGUUCCUGAUAAAGAUGGAAGAGGUUAUGUUCUCCGGCGGAUCUUGAGAAGAGGAGUGAGAUAUGCUAGUAAUAAGAUGAACGUCAAAAUUGGAUCUUUUUUCUCUUCUUUGGUUCCCACGGUUGUUGAUAGUCUGAGUGGGAUUUUUCCGGAAGUGACUAAACGUAUUCCAGAACUCAUCGAGAUUCUCAAUGAAGAAGAAGCUUCAUUUGCACGUACGUUGAAUCGAGGUGAAACGUUAUUCAGCAAAUACGCCGCGAUCGCCGCUCAGGAGAAACGUACCGUUUUGAGUGGUAAAGAUAUUUGGAGAUUGUAUGACACUUAUGGAUUCCCAGUGGACCUCACACAGAUAAUGGCGGAAGAAAGGGGUUUGAAGAUUGAUCAAGUAGCCUUUGAGAAAGCACGUUUGGAAUCUCUAGAAGCAAGUAAAGCUGGAGGUAAAGCAGCAGGAGGUGUACAGAUUAAGUUGGACGUGCAUGAUUUGGCAGCGUUGGAGGAAAAUGCAGAUGUUCCUAAGACGGACGAUUCGGCGAAGUAUCAACUGGACGACAUCGAAGCCACGGUUAAAGGUAUUUAUUACCAAUCCAAAUUCCACCAAUCGACAUCGGAACUUCCUCCCAACGUUCCUUUUGGUAUCUUACUCAACAAAACGAAUUUCUACGCAGAGUCAGGUGGACAGGAGAAUGAUACCGGUGUUCUUGCUAUUGAUGGUAAAGCCGAAUUCAAGGUCGAGGACGUGCAAGUGUACAACGGAUACGUUCUGCAUGUGGGGCAAAUGGAAGAAGGGGAGAUUAAAUUAGGUGACGAGGUUAUCUGCACGUAUGAUGAGCUUCGACGAUGGCCUAUCCGAAAUAAUCACACUGGCACACAUAUCCUAAACUUUGCCCUCCGUGAAGUUCUCGGAGAUCAUAUAGACCAAAAAGGUUCCCUUGUCGCACCUUCCAAACUCCGCUUUGAUUUCUCUCACAACAAGGCCAUCUCGGUAGAUGAGAUUGCUAAGAUUGAAGCCAUCUCCAACGAGUGGAUCAAGAAAGCUGUACCGGUGUACGCUAAAGAGAUGUCGUUACAGGCUGCAUACAAGAUUCCAGGAUUGAGAGCGGUAUUUGGGGAAGCGUAUCCUGAUCCAGUGAGAGUGGUCAGUAUCGGAUAUCCUCUGGAGGAGAUUUCUCAAAAUAUUGAAGAUACCAAAUGGCGUAGUACUAGUAUAGAGUUUUGUGGAGGAACACAUGUGGCUAAAACAGACGAUAUCAAAGAUUUUGUCAUUAUUGAAGAAUCUUCAAUCGCCAAAGGGAUCCGACGUAUUGUCGCUGUGACAGGACAUGAUGCUAACGAUGUUUCUCGUCGUGGUUUAGAGUUUGAACGACGGUUAGAGCGGAUUGAAAGUAUGCAAGGUAAGGAGAAAGAAACAUCCAUGAAACCUUAUUUGGCGGAACUAGGUCAAAGUGGUAUUUCCCUCGUCAAACGUCAUUCCCUUCAAAGACGAUUCGACAAACUCUCUUCCGAUCUCGCUGCAAUAACCAAAACCCGUCUAGCGGCUGAACAAAAACAAGUCUCAGAAGAAAUCAAGACUUUCUUCCUUGAAAACCCUAACGAAAACGUUUACGUAGGUAUUUUCGGUGUAGAUGGUAAUAUCAAAGUACUCUCCGCUGCUGUAACGUCUACUGGAAGAACAUUGUCCAAAGCUAUUUACGCUUUCUCUUCGGAGAUCGAUACGGGUAAAGUCACACAUGUGAAUUAUGUACCUAAAGAAAUAUUGGAUAAGAAGAGUUUGGAUGCUAAAGUUUGGUUGAGUGAAGUGAGUAAGGUUUUGGGUGGAAAAGGUGGUGGAAGGGAUGAUUCCGCUACUGGCGUAGGGGUGGAGGGAGGGAAGAUUGAAGAGGCUUUGAAAGUUGCCAAAGAGGUUUAUAAGAGUAAGGUGGAAGGUAAGUGA